ACCAAUAAGCCCCCCUGCAUCUCCCGAGCGUCGAGUAGAGCCAGAGUUUGCUUCGAGAGAUUAAAUUUAAUCCAUCGAGAUGGCGUCGCAGGUGAUCGGGGUGAACAGGGAGGGGGCGGAGGUGUACCACGGCGCGGCGCAGUGCGCAGAGAAGGCGGUGGAGCUGCUGGCCGAGACGAACAUGCCGCUGGGCCUGCUGCCGCUGGCGGACAUUGAGGAGGUCGGCUACAACCGCUCCACGGGCUUCGUGUGGCUGCGCCAAAAGAAGGCGCUCACGCACACCUUCAAGCAGAUCGGGAGGCUGGUCUCGUACGCCACCGAGGUGACGGCCUUUGUCGAGGACCGCAAGAUGAAGCGCAUCACGGGGGUCAAGAGCAAGGAGCUCCUCAUCUGGGUCACCGUCUGCGACAUGUACAUCGACAAGAACGACCACUCAAAGAUCACGUUCAAGACGCCCACCGGACUGGGAAGGACCUUCCCCGUCUCCGCCUACGGAAAGGAGGACGACAACAAGCACGACCUGGCCAAAUAAGAAACCACGGCCGGCAUAAGUGAGAUUACGAAGUUGUAAUACACUACUUUGGUAUUUUGCCGGAUUUUAAAUCGCAGUCGAUGAGAAAUGUCGGCUC